ACAUGAAAAUAUUCGUGCUGGGAGCGCUGUGCGUGUUGAGCGUGAUUGCCAUGGUAUCCUCCACGGCACUGUACGGGGGAUAUCCGGCCUACGGUGGUGCUGUUGGAUACGGUAACUAUGGAUACAGAGGUAUAGGGGGCGGUAUGGGAGGCGGCGGCGAAGGUGGAUUCGGGGUAAUCUUCGGCAUCCUUAUUUUCUAUUUUGUAUUUAUCAUCAUAAUCAACGUUUUGUUCGGUGGCGCUGGUAUCGGAGGUGGUAUUGGAAACAAUAACAACAACAAGAACAAUUACUAGAAACUGGUAACUGUUUAUAGAACGUUAUUUACGCAAUAUGUCAUUCAUAGUUAAUAUUUUAAAGUCACAUUGUUAAAUCUCCAUCAUUGCUAAAGAACAAAUGAAUGAUGAUGCUAAUAAAGCUUGUGAUUUGUUCGUAGUUAACCACACAUCUAUAGUUGUCAUAAAUAUGCAAACAUGGCUUGA